GACAUCAGAGACCUCCGGACAAUGGCAUUUUGGGUACAGACGGCUUUCUUGCUUGUCAGCUUAAUAACAUCAGUGGUAAGAGGGAGAGUGGAAAAAGUGCUGUCUCCAGAGUGCAGAGAAUUCUUUUACAUGGGAACACCACCAACGGGACUGGAGAACCCCUCGCUCCGGUUCAUUUGUCAAAUCUAUAACAAGAAGCCACGCUAUGUGACUCUGUACAACACUGUGGACCAUAUACCUGUCUACUCAGCCUACACCUUCAAACGCACAGAUGGGGAAAAAUGUGUGGAUGUGCCUUGGAUGUAUGAACCUCAGUUAUCCACAUCCUCUGACACAGAUGAGAUGCAGCCCUUCCCACGUGGUUACAUGCACAUGAAUUUUGAAGAUGCUCAAGCUGUGCUGGAAGACUAUACAGAUGCCAUCCUCUACGAACGCGGUACCCUCAACCCAGACGAGCAUCACGAGGAGCCCGAUGACAAGGCCUCCACCUACACCCUGACUAAUGUUGUACCCAUGGUGCCCGACUUCAACAACAUAAUCUGGAACAAACAAGAGCACAUCAUCCGCAAACGGCUCAACAACUACUGCCGCGGAACAGCUUACAUCAUCACAGGUAUCACCACGUUGGGGAAGAUGAUCCGCCGUGAAAACAUGAAUCGCAUUGCAGUGCCAACGUACAUAUGGUCAGCUUACUGCUGUGUUGACUUUGACCACAACGCGCCUUACGACGAGCGCUAUAAGUUCCCAUCUUUUGCUCACUAUGGCCUAAAUGAGAAGGACAACAACGAAGUGGUGGAAAUCUCUGUGCAGAAGCUGAAAGAGUUCCUCAAGAAGACCACCUAUGUAGCCCAGAACUUUCAGAUCUUUGUCAGUGACUGUGUCCCACCAGCAUCAAGUAACAUCAAAUAAGAAAAGAUUUAG